GGGGCGCGGUGGCAUUUUUUUCUCCGCCGAGUCAACGUGCGUCCCUGCCCCUGCGCAUAUUAGCACAUGAGCCCCGCGAAGAACGCGAGGUACUAUCGUAAUAUCAGAAACCCUGCGAGGGCCGUUUGGGUAUUCAGAGUGCCCUGCACUAAAAUCCUUGCUUCUCUGGCCUGCUGUCUUCACUUGCUGAGAGCUUGAGAGCUCUGCUGCAAUGCAGAGACAAAAAACACCGAAGCCGUGACACAGAGAGAGAGGGAGGAGCGAGCGAGAGAGAGAUUCAGUUCUCUAAGGCGAAGAUGAUGAAACUCGUUUUUGAAAAGCAAUGUCUGUGAAUCGUAGACUUCAAUGUUUUUCUUGUUCGGAUUUGACCUUUCUUUCGCGAAAUUGCUUUUAAAAAAAUAUAAAAAAUAGCAGUAAUCAACAGCUUGUUAGAGAGAGCGCGCGGAAAGCCCUAGAAAUUACAAAUAUUUUUUUUCAGGAGGCAAAAUCCAGUUGAAUGACUAUUGUCUUACUAGCUUCCAACGUUGAAGAUCUCUGAAUGCAGAGCUCUUUAUUGAAAAGAUCGAUUUCGUGAAGUAGCUACUGAUCUUCCCUUGAGAUCGGUAGCUUUGUAGAUUAACGGCUUGUUCACCGGUCCUGCAUUGUCCACCUGGAAAUCUUGCAUUCUUUAGUUGUGCUGAUUGAGACUGAUACUUUCGCGGUUUUGGAGGUCCUAGAGAACAAAAUCUUUGGAGGAAUAUGAACUGCAAAUUUAGAUAGACUUUGGUUGGUUGAUCCGAGUCGUUAUAGAUGGCUUCAACUUGGGAUAACAUUGGGGAGCUUGCAAAUAUUGCACAGCUCACGGGCCUCGAUGCCGGACGGCUUAUUGGGAUGAUCGUUCAAGCUGCGAACACAGCUCGAAUGCACAAGAAGAACUGCAGGCAAUUCGCGCAACAUCUGAAGCUUAUCGGGAACUUGCUAGAGCAGCUCAAGAUUUCUGAGCUCAAGAAGUAUCCGGAAACGCGAGAGCCUUUGGAACAGCUGGAAGAUGCUUUGAGAAGAUCUUACAUACUGGUGAACAGUUGUCAGGACCGAAGCUAUCUGUAUUUGCUGGCUAUGGGAUGGAAUAUUGUGUACCAGUUCAGGAAGGCUCAGAAUGAGAUCGAUCGGUACUUGCGGAUUGUCCCUCUAAUCACUCUCGUGGAUAAUGCUCGAGUCAGGGAAAGGUUGGAAGAUAUUGAGAGGGAUCAACGUGAAUACACAUUGGAUGAGGAGUACAGUAAGUUGCAAGAUGUGAUUUUGAAACGGGAGCCCUCGAAAAAUAACACUGUGGUGCUGAAGAAGACCCUUUCUUGCUCCUAUCCAAACAUGCCUUUCAAUGAAGCUCUUCAAAAAGAAAAUGAGAAGCUACAUUUAGAGCUACAACGAUCACAAGCUAAUUGGGAUGUGGGUGAAUGCCAAGUAAUUCAGCAUUUACUUGAGGUCACAGAAGUUGCUGCUACGAAUUCUAAACCAGGGAAUAGUCCACCUGUAAAGAGUCACAUGGUGGAGCCAAAUUCUGCAGAUGUCAAUAAUGAUAAAGAAAAUUCAUAUGAUGAUGAGGACUAUCCCAAGAGAAGUGCUACUCACAGUAAUGCAAGAACUACUUCAGUUUCAUCAGGACAUGAUCUGCUGUCCAGUAAAGGCUCACACAGGCAUGAAGAAUGGCACUCUGAUUUACUUGGCUGUUGUUCUGAACCUUAUCUGUGUAUAAAGACUUUCUGCUAUCCCUGUGGUACAUUUUCAAAGAUUGCUACUGUGGCAAACAAUAGACACAUGUCUUCUGCAGAGGCCUGUAAUGAAUUGAUGGCAUAUUCGUUGAUAUUGUCAUGCUGUUGCUAUACUUGCUGCAUAAGAAAGAAGCUUCGCCAGACAUUGAACAUCACAGGAGGCUGUUUUGAUGAUUUUCUCUCACACUUGAUGUGUUGCUGCUGUGCACUUGUCCAAGAAUGGCGAGAAGUCGAGAUCCGUGGGGUUUAUGGUCCAGAGAAGACAAAAAUAAGCCCUCCACCCUCUCAGCAGAUGGAGUUCUAAGGCCAUAUUGACAAAAGCACUGGUUGGUUGUGUAAAAUGAAGCCGUACUUGCAAUUCCUGAAAUCAACAAAACAAGCUCUCCACACAUGGAGUCCUAUAUAGGUCAUAUGCCAAGAAUUGUUUGGUUCUUCUGAUGUUGAGAGAGAGAGAGAGAGAGAGAGAGAGAGAGAGAGAGCUUACUCUAGGGAUAAUUGCUACUUGCUGCUGCUACUUGGGAGCAGAGGUAUGAGGAUUUCUACUGUGCUGUUAAUUUACUUACAGUGUACAGUAUCUUUUCUUUUUGAUUGCCCAGACUCUGAUUCAGCGCAUGGUGUAUCAUAUACCAAUUUUCUAGUGGUUUUAAGGUUUCUUCUGACCGCAUGGUUCAUUGUAGUA